AUGGGGGGAAAGCAGCGGGGCGGCAAGGGGACGACGGGCGGAGGGGAAUCCGCUUCAGCAGCAGCGGCGGCGGCGCAUGGGGGGAGCCGGGGGGAGAAGGCGCGGAUGGCGGACGGUGCCGGGGAGAAGGGGCGGGGUGGGGGAGGCGCAGGGGAAAAAGGCCGUGGGGGGGAAGGAGGGGGGGGAACGGGUCGGGCGGCCGACGCGGAGGAGAUGGCGGAGGUGGCGGUAUCGCUGGGGGUGACGGGGCACGCGGGGCACCUCGAGAUCAUCGCCGUGGACCGCCACCGCUUCCCCCUCCACCCCCGCCUCGCCCCCCCGCCCUUCCUGCUCGUGAGCACCUCUCCCGUCCGCGUUCCGGCCCCUUGCAUGUUACUUUCCCCCAUCGCUCCCCCUCCACCCCCGCCUCAGCCCCCUGCCUCCUGCUCGUGCGACCCUCCCGCUCCCCCUUCCACUCCCCCUUCCGCUCCCCCUUCCGCUCCCCCUUCCGCUCCCCCUUCCGCUCCCCCUUCCGCUCCCCCUUCCGCUCCCCCUUUGCUCACCCUUCCGCUUGUAGCAUGUUACCUCUUCCCACUGUUCCCCUUUCCACCCACCCCACCCGCCCCGCUGGUUAUCGUGCUUGUGCGCCCCUCCCCCUUUUGCUCCCCCACUGCUCCCCCCACUGGCCUCGUGCCCCCGUGCUCUAGUGCCCUCCCCAAGCCUCCCUUCCCCGAGCCUCUGGACGUUCGGGAGCUACCGGAGCUGUGCCCUCUGGCCGUGUGGGAUGACGUGGAGCGCCAGCUGGCGGCGGAGCCGCAGGAAGAUGCCAUGUGGCAGUACGACUGGAUGCCACGUGGCGCCCUGUCAGCCGUGACACCUGGCGGGCUGUGCAGCGUGCUGCAGCCAGCGUGGCACCCUCCCUGGGUGGAGGAGUGGGGGGACGGGGCGUGGGGGGAGGUUGAGGGGGAGGGGGAGGGGAUAGAGGAAGGGGAGGGCGAGGGUGAGGAGGAGGGAGGGGUGGUGAGGCGACCAGAGCUGGUGGACGAGGUGAGGUGCCCCCUGCCUGCCGCCCAUAUGCGCCCCGCCCUCUCUUCCCCCUCCUGUUGCCCUCUUGGCGGCCUUUUUGCCUUAGUCCCCAUUGUGACCUCGUUUUUCCUCCCAGCUUCAUCUUCCCCAUGUCACCUGUUCUCCCGUCCAGGCAUGUUUCUGGACCUCACCCGCGCCCCUCAACACCCCUCCCCACCUCUUCUUCCCCCCCUUUCCUCCCCGCCCCCGUCAGCUGUUCUUUCCCCCGGGAACAUACCUGGUUCUCAACCGCCCUCCCUUUCAUCCUCCCCCAACCUUCUCCCUCCCCCUUCCUUACCCCCCCCCACCUACGUUGCUAAAUACGAGUACCGAGUAUAA